AUCGUCUCAGAUUUUUCACAGCCAGCACAUACUUCAUUUAGAAUUUAUAUCCAAGUCUACAAGAGAUAAGCGAUCGAGCCAGUAGCCGAUUAAGCAUGUUUAAAGAACCCAUAGCUGUCACGUGUUAAAAUCUGAGGGGCACAGCCACCUCUGUUGAUGAACACGGGACAUUUACCAGAAGCCAGGUGUCAAAAUAUUAAAAAUAUGUCUUUGCAACGUACGUUGUCGUUAUAUGGAACACAUUCAUGCUUUUCAACACCUACUGUUUGAAGAUGAACGAAGGAUUGAAUCAUAUCUUGAAAAUUAGCGGAAAUAUAAUUGAAACAAGUUUGAGCCACACGCCUAUUUGGCCACAACCUGUUAUUGACUCCUUCAGAGCAAAUAAACAACCAAAGAUCAAGUUGCCAGUACCCUCAAGUGCAUGUUAAGAACCACAAUAGCCAUUAAAUGGAAGGGGAUGAAAAGGUAUACUGGGUGUUCUGGAUAGCCCAGAUUGUGUCAAAUAUUAUACACGUAGAAUAGGCAUUCUAAGGGGCGAACUCCCCCAAAUUUUACUUGAAUAGUGGUGACAUGAACUACUAGAACAAUCAACCUACUGGCAUCUCCUGAAACAUCUCUAUCUGAGCUCUGCAAACAAAAAAUAACUGUAAUUUACCUCUUCAAAAAUUUUAUCCCUGAAUUUUUUUUGGUUUUGUCCUAUUCGCCAUCGACCAGC